AGAACAUAGAAAAGGAACUGCUUUUCUUUUGCUCACUAGUGAAAAAAAGAAAAAAAACUUGAAUUCAAUUUCGUUAGUAUAACAUUCUGUGAAGUUUAUUAGUUCAUACAUUUCAAAAGUUAAUCAAUAACUUAAGCCGGAGAACAAACUUCCCGCGGCCAAACUGGGCUGACAGACGGCUGGACAAACGCGAAAUUCUAGAGCUCUUAAUAAUAGGAUUGUUGGAAUGGCACAUGCACAGAAAAGCGAAGGAGUUGGUGGAGCAGCGAGUGGAGUAUAUUCCAACUCACAUGAUGAGAGGGAUGUAUUGAGUGAAUCUAGUGGAAGUUCACAUGGCUCUGUAUUGAGGAACCCUGACUUAGCUUUGGUUCAGCUUGUGAAUCGCCUUCCCARAGAUGUACGGAAACUYUCCUGGGAAAUACAGAAUAAGUUGGCAAAGCACCUCAACCAGCUCAAAGAUCCCGUGUCCAAUGACUGGCGRCUUGUAGCAUCUCGACUUGGCUUUUCAAGAACAGAUGUAGAUGUGUUUGCAAAAUCUGAUGAUCCUACCAUGCAAAUGUUGGGACUUUGUAACACAACAACAACAGAAAAACUCUUUAGAAUAAUUCAAGAUAUUGGUCGGUCUGAUGUAAUUGAGGAUCUUUUAGCUUAUUUGGCUCACCUAGAGAGUCCUCGUCAUUGUUUGCCAACUCAAGAAUCAUUGGAGGACGAUGCCCAAUCUUCUCUUUCACAGCCCUUUGAAGAAUCAAGCAGUGAUAUAUCAAAACUUUCAAUAAAUUCGAGGCAACCUUCAGAACAAGAGGAUGAUCAAGAACAAAUCCCAUGCAGUACUUCUGAAAACUUUUGGAAAGGGAUUCCAGGAUCCCAUGAUAAAAAGAAAUGGCGAGACUUCUGGACUGCAUCACUCAAAGCUUGUAAAACAGAAAGCGAACAUGGAGGAAUUGACAAGUUUCUUUGUCAUAUUUUCAAAAUUAACUAUGAUGAAAGAGAAGAUGGUCAUGUUAGACUAGACUACUUCAUUCGACUGUUGAAUUUUUUUGGUCCUUAUAAACCUGGUGAAGAUGGAUGUCUGAAAAAGAUGUAUGAUUUGAUAAUCAAAUCAGUUUCAAAAUCUGAGAAUGGAAAAAAACAAAGUUGGUUUGCUGGCUACAUGAACAAGGAAGAAGCUAAGAAAAGACUUGCAGAUGAAACUCCUGGUAAAUUUCUUGUGCGGUUUAGUGGAUCCAAAGUUGAAGAAGGUUGGUUUGUACUGGCCGUAAAAACUCGUGAAGAUGUAGAACAGUAUGAGAUUGAGAAAGAUACAACAAACAACCAACUACUCAUUGCAGAGGAAAGAUUUCCAGACCUUGUUUCAGUUGUUGAGAGGCUUCAUCAUMAUACGUUGAURAGCCAAUGCCGUCAGUUACUUAUCAACCCAUGUCCAGAUCUUCCUCUAAAUGAUAAUUUCACUGGCUACAUCAAAGCUACACGGCAUAGGGGUAGAGGUAGAGGGCGUGGCAGACCACGUUAACACUCCUUUCCGAAAUUCAUAACGAGUCUUGGAAUYAUCAGAAUUAURAUUUCAAUUUAUCYACAUUUGAACAAUUGCCACAUGAAAGACCAUUUAUUUACUAUUUACAGUUAAAAACUGUAGUUUUGCCUAGGCAAUAUAGGUACAAUAUUUAACUAUACAAGAUGUUGAUAUGUUAGGAAAUAGUAUUUUCAAAAAGAUGGUAAAAACAACAAAAUGCUUUUAUUUUCUUUUGAAAUUUUUACAUACUGUGCCCAAAAUCUCUAAAAUAAGAAAACCAGAGGGUUUUUUUUUAUAAAUUUUGUUAGCUUUACAAAAUUGAAUAUUUAUGUUUAUUUUCACUUUAUAUUAUUGAUUCAUGAGAGUGACAGCAAUAACCCUCAUAUAACCAACAUUGGAUUGCUCCAUCUUAUAACAAAUAAGUGGUGUCUUAGUGCAGAAUUAUGAAAUAUACUUUGAGUAUUUUGAUUUUUUUUCCGAAUGUAAUUUCCCUAUUCCAAUGCUAGGCAAAACUGGGAAUUAUAAAGUAGAGCAAUUUAUUCAUUCUCCUAGAUUAAUAGAUUAAAUAAAGAAUGGAAUAAUUCUAACUGAUUACCUUUUUGUUCAAAUCUGAAAUUCUAUAUAUCAGUUUUUAGAACUUUUUUUUUUGUUCUUUUUUUUCGACUGUAUUAGCUACAGUAUAAUUUUCCAAUUAUCCUAUUGUAAAAAAUUAUCAUUUAAAAAAUCCAACAUCUAAGCUUGCUGUUCAAGAGGUUUUAUAUUUAUGCACACACAAUUAAUUUACCUUUUUUUAUCAUUCCCAUGUAAGAGGCUUUGUUAAGCUUUAUAUCAGGUAUGCUAUCUAAAAAUGAUGGGCACCAAAAAAGCCUCUAUUUACUAAAUUAUAAUUYUAAUUGUAAUUUAGCCAUUGUAUGGAACAUCUGGUCGUCCUGAAGUCCCAAGGUUUUUGAUUUUAAAAACUGAACCAGCUAGAGGCUGUUUUUUCUUCUCUUCGGGUGACAAACGUACACUGUACAAAGAAGUUGAAAAUAAAAUCAUUUUUACUGCUUCUUUAAAUGCAUGUUCACCUCUUUGARGYUGGACUGUMKAAUGUUACCAUGGUUGCCUUWAUMCUACUGGGGAUUUGCAUUACUAGGGGUUGCAUUUGUGYCACAAUCAUAAUGAUGSCAUCUGUCAACUUAGAGUUUAGGAGUGAAUUACCCAACAAAUGUUUCUUUAAAAAUGAAUGAUGAAAUCGUCCUUUAUCAAUAUCCUUAAAAACAUUUAAUAAGCCUCAUUAAUGUAAAAAAAAGAUAUUGUGCAUAACUAUUUAUACUGACUAACCUUUCACUAGUAACUAGUAAUUCAUCAUAAUUGGGACCACACCAACAGACAGAAGUUGUUUUUGUAGCUGGUAAAAGCACUGUUUGUAGAACUUCUCCAUUUGAAGGAUUGUAACGCACAACCUAGUGACAAAAUUUAUGUUUAAUUUCCUGGAUAGUWUUUGGGAAUUUUAAGCCAAUCUUGGCAGUGCUGAUCUUAUCCCUCCAUCUUCAUUGUAAGUAUUAUUACAAACAUUUAUUUACAUGUAAGUGGACUGAAGCAUUUGAACAAAUGGCUGUCACUUUGCCAUUUUAUUCAUCUUUCACUGGUGGUUAACAACUAUAUUUUGUUCUAAUGAAGUGCAGUAGAGAUAUUUGACUUACUUUGCCGCCAUCAUACAUUGCUAUCCACAGCAUCCCAUCUACAUCUAUAGUCAUUCCAUCAGGGACCUAAUGAAGAGCAUCAUGAUUGCACAUGUACAUAAUACAUCAUAAUAAGUAUUGUAGUACUGACAAUAAAACUAUUGUGUAUUUUA